AUGGCUAGUCGGACUGAUACCCACGAUAUGGGCUUUAUAGUUCAGCCUGCAUUGCAACGAGACUGGGAACUGACUGGCAAUGUACAAAGCCUGCAAGCCGUCAAGAGAGCAGCCUACGCCCUUGCUUCACGCUACAAUGCGGACAUAGGGGCAAUUCGGAGCUGGGAUCAAGCGGUCAACCAUCGAUACAGCAUCAGCGAUAUGAAUGAUAACUUCCUUGUCAUCAUCGAUAGUAUGUGCAAUCUCAACCUACUGUAUUAUCUCGGCCAUCUGGAACAGGAUGCAAUGCUCAUAGAUAUCGCAACGACUCACCCCCAAACUGUGCGGAAAACCGUACUUCGAGAAGACCACUCGACUUAUCAUCUGGUAAACUUCGACCCGCGCAGUCCUGGCAAAUUCAAAGCCAGAAUGACGAACCAAGGCUACAAUGACGAUUCAACAUGGACUCGAGGCCAAGCCUGGGCCAUUAUGGGCUUUGCGCAGACAUAUCUGUGGACGAAGGAUGUCAUAUUUCUCCACACGGCAAUCGCCUGUGCAGAUAUGUUUUUGGGACGACUAGCACAUGCUGACAAGUUAAAGGGUCAUCACAAUCCUUUCGACCCCGUAUGGGACUUUGACGCACCCCAGGAAGAUCCAGCGGAGUCCCUCCGUGAUUCAUAUGCAGGUGUUAUCGCGGCCAACGGUAUGUUGCUCAUCCAUCAGGCACUGCAGGCCAUCUCCCGUGAUUCCAAAGCACAACUUCCUGCGUCGUCCACAAUCCCCAGCGACCACGACUUCUUAGGGGCUGCUUUGUUGAUCAUCCAAGACACGAUUGAUCUGUGUCUCGAACGAGAUUUAGCCUCUUUAUCGGCUCCAGCUGAGUUGGGUACAGAUGAUAAACUAAAUCAGUGUAUGGUGCUGAAUGCGAGAGUGAACGGGAGUUCAUUUGAUGCCAUAUUGCGAAACGCGACCGCCUGCUACAACGAGCAUGGUUUUAUACGAUAUUGGGAUUAUGGUCUCGCCUAUGCUGACUACUUCCUGCUGGAGUUCGGGAAUAAGCUCUGUAGAAUGGGUUUCUGUUAG